CAUUCGUUGAGGAUCCCAGUUGCCAAGUAUGGGUCGACGCGAGGAAGAGGCCGAGUCAGGCCGUCGCCACGGGCGUCACAGAACGUCCCCGAGCCCGACGCGUGGCGAGAACAAUGAGGAAGCUAUCCGUAAUAAGCUGCGCGAGUCUGGAUGGAAGAAACGCCGUACAGAGAGUGAGAGCACGGCAGACGCAGAGGCUUCCAAAGACGAGGAGAAGACCAAAAACAGGGCCGAAAUGGGAUCUCCACGGCCUGCCGACGACCGCCGCUCAUCCAGAACAUCGCGGAGCACGCGGCGAUCGCGCUCUCCGCGGCGUCGCGAUCGGGAACACCGUAGUUCGCGCAGAAAAUCGUCGGGUAGCAGACGCCGGUCGCCAUCUCGUUCCCGUUCGCCAGCGUCGCGCUCCCGCUCGCGCUCGCGGUCCACAGGUCGACGACGCCGACGUCACUCGUCUUCGUCGAGAAAGCGCCGCACGUCGCUCUCGCCGUCUCGCACGCGGGACUCGAAGCGGUCGCGCCGUAUGUCCCGGUCCCGGUCCACCUCAGCUACCAAGAAGAAGACGCCAGAGAAGAAGAAAGAGAAGGAAAAGAAGGAUGACGAUGAAACGGAGACGGAAAAUGAAGAGGAAGCAGACACGAACAAGAAGGAAGAGAAGGUAAAUGGAGAGAAACAGGAGAAGCCGGAGAAACAGGAGAGGAGCGAGGACCGCCACAGGUCCAGAAAGAGCAGUCGCCGGUCCAGGUCGCCGUCUCCACGCUCUCCGUCGCGGUCGUCAAGACGCAGACGCCACCGACGCAGCUACUCGCGCUCGCGCUCUCCGUCCCGUAGCCGUCGCGCGCGUCGCGGAGGCUCCCGUUCGCGGUCCCCGCGUCGGUCUCGUGGACGUGAUCGCGACCGGGACCGUCGCCGUCGUAGACGGAGCUACAGUCGUAGCCGCAGUCCCAGCUACAGCCGCCGCCGCCGUCGUGACCGCUCCAGCUCACGCGACCGGCCGCGCCGGGACACAAAGGAGCCGGCCGAGCCACAACCUGCGACAGAUACCGCCGCUCCUUCUGCUUCUACCACGGCGCCGGCCGCUCCAGCCGCAGGCGUGAACCCGACAAUUACACAGUUAAUGGCUCAGUAUCCGACUAUGAGUCUACAGGACAUUAUCGCCAAGAUGCAGGCUUCGAACGUGACGAUGGCCGCCGCCGUGGCCCAAAAACCGGCGCGUGAGCUGUACGUGGGCAAUUUGCCUCCCAACGUGACUGGUCCGCAGCUCCAGGAGUUCCUGAGUACUAUCAUUCAGCAGGUCGGCCUCACGACUCAACCUGGCAACCCGAUUAUCAACACGUGGACCUCUACUGACGGCCACUUCGCCUUCUGCGAGAUGCGCUCGGUCGAGGAAUGUAACUUGGCGUUGCUGUUGAACCAGCUGUCGCUUCUGGGCCAGCCACUGAAGUUUGGUCGACCGCGCAGCUUCAUGGGACCUCCUCAGCCGAUGCCUCAAGUCUCGGCGCGUACACAGACGGCUCUUACCAACCUGGGCUGCACGCCGAACCCGGCCUGGUUCGCUCAGCCUACUGUACCAAGCACAGAGACUACGACGGAAUCUACGCUGGCGGAAGCUACGUUGUCUGCGAUCGCGGCGGCCCAGCCUGCCACGGCUGAGGCUGGCUCGGGUCAUCGUCUGAUCAUGUCGAACAUUCCAGUUGUGCUGACAGAGGAUCAGGUUAAGGAGCUGGUCGAGCCGUUCGGGAAGCUCAAAAGCUUCACGUUGGUUAAGGACACUGCGACUGGUGCAUCUUUGGGCAGUGCGUUGUUCGAGUACGAGGACAAGGACGUUGCUGAUCAAGCUGUGGAAGGACUGAAUGGACUGAGUAUUGGUGGGAUUCUGCUGUCGGUCCAACGCCAGCCUCCAAAUGCAGCGGCACUACCGAGUGCAGCCGUGACUCCUGAGGACCAACCCAGUGCCGUUCUGAAAAUGGCGAACAUGGUUUCAAUUGAUGAGUUAAGAGAUGACGAGGAGUAUGCUGAUCUUGCUGAAGAUGUAGAGGAGGAAUGCAAGCGCUUUGGAAGCGUAACGGGCAUGGAGAUCCCGCGUCCUAAGGACGGAGAGGAGGUCCCUGGCUUAGGAUGCAUCUACGUUCGUUUCGGAAAGGAAGAAGACGCGGUUUCUGCCUUGAAGGCUUUGAACGGACGCAAGUUCGGCGGAAACAUCGUGAAGGUGACGUACUUUCCCCUGGACAAGUUCGAGAAGAACGAGCUGUUUUAAAGUGGAGACGAAGGACACCAAGACGCUCGAGGCUUAUUUCCUUUUUAUCUUGAUCUUUCUUUUGCGUGUGCUAAGAGAUUGCGAGUUGGGCUACGAACAUUGCGACGGACUUGCGGUUGAACUGCAAUGAGUAUGCUGGAAGGUUUGUACGGUAAACGUCCCCCCAGGACGCAAAGCCCGCGCUAACCGUAACGUGCUGUCGCGAUGUGUAGAUCGAAUCCAAUGAACUUGGCCUUCUAUGUUGUGUGCUCAUGAAAUUCCACUUACUGGGAGUCAUGCCUAAUGUGUGUUUUGUGUUCGUACUGAAUGCCUACUGUACUUGUAGAGAGCUUGCAACUAAAGAAACGAACAACAAACAGGGAACGGACUACACACACCACGAUGAGCUCAAAUGCAGAAGACGAAUACGGGAAUGACCUGCCGAGACUCUUUCCGUCGUAGUUGUAGCUGGCCUAGGACAAAGACCUUGCAUCCAGACAACUUGAUCGAGCGAGGACGAGUACGGGAUUGGCAUUGUGUCCGCGAAAUCCAGUCAGGUAUGUGGUUAUUGUUCUGUGCGAGAAGCUGGAUAGACCGAAGCUGUAAGAUGGCUCAAUAAACCAGCUCGCCGCUGGCUCGAGCGUUGUGAAACUCAUUUUUUUUUC